GAAAACGAACCCGACCUCGGCGGACCGGCACAUGACGCACCACUUGUCGCGGUCUGUUCAAGUCCAGGGCGCCUCGGGGGUGUCAGCGACCCGUCGACGGCCAGACGAAGCGUCGCCACUGCGGGAGGAAACCUUUCGCCAGAUGAUGCUCCUGCAUGAGGCGCAGAAAGUCGUGUCGUGGGUCCCCGACUCUCUUGCCGAUCGAUGCUACCAUUGCCAGGCCAUGUUCUCGCUCGUGCUGCGCCGUCACCACUGCCGUCGUUGCGGCAACGUGUUUUGUGAUGGAUGCUCGUCUUCCCGCAUGCCUCUUGUGAGCGCCGGGUUCUUUACCCCUGUCCGCGUGUGCGACAAAUGUUGCGACGCUGCCAAGAAGACCCACCGCCGUAUGUACAACGAACGGCGUCGCCUCAGUCAAAGCGUGUCCAGUGUUGGGCCAGCACAUGGCAGCAUUGAAGCGCUAGCGUCGUCCUCCCAUCACGAUCUCCAUACGCUUCUGACGCUGUCGCCCAUGGACGAGUCGGAAACGUACUCAAACUACACGGCCAGCCCCGCGGGUCACGCGCUAACGACCAUGAUCGACGUCAUUCCCGGCGAAGUCGUUAUGUAUCGAGGUCCAAACGUUCGUUUGCGUUGCAUUCCAAACGGCUGCGAAUACGCGGGCACGGUUUACAUCAGCAACUACCGCCUCGUGUUUUCCCAGACCGCGGCGCCUUGCCUCAGUACGUCCGAAGCAUGCGCUCGAACGCACAGCCGGCACGCGACGGUGGUCUUGCAAGCCGAUCAUGUCACGACUGCCCCCCGGUACCACGCGAUUCCUUUGCGUACGAUCGAGCGCGUGAAGCGGCAAGAAUUGGCCGAGUCCGACACUGGUAACCAACCGAUGGGCAGAGUGCUCACGGUAUUUUGCAAAGACUUGCGCCGCGUCCAGCUCGUGUUUCUCGGGCUCGUGAAGCAGCAAACGUUCAGCCACUUUGACCGUUGUGACCGAGAACUGAGAGGUCGCGGCGGGGCAACGCAUUUCGCCAAAGUUCACCAAGAGCAGUUCCCUCGCGCCGUCUUGGACGGAUGGACCGUGUACGACCCGGUGGCCGAAUUCAAUCGGCUCGGCGUCGGUGCCACGACCAAGUGGCGCAUCACCGACAUCAACCAAACGUAUUCGUUCUGCCCAACGUACUCGGCAUCCAUUGCCGUGCCUGCCGCCAUCUCGGACGACGUGCUGGCCACAGCAGGCGCGUUUCGAUCCAAAGCUCGCAUCCCAGCGCUGACGUGGCGAGACAAAAAAUCCGGGGCCACGAUUUGCCGCAGCUCCCAGCCCCUUGUAGGUUUGGGGCAAAAGCAGUGUGCGGAAGACAUCUUGUUGAUCCAAGCCAUUGCUGCGACGAACCCGAGCAGCUCCACGAUGGUGAUUGUGGACGCGCGGCCGUGGCGCAAUGCAAUGGCUCAAAAGACGGUCGGGAUGGCAGGGUAUGAAUUGACUGCCCAUUACGAAGUCAAGACCGUGCCGGACAAAGAAAACGCCGAAGCGGUGCCGCCGUCGUCGCCGCCACAGCCAAGCACGGUUGACCGAGUAGUCGACGAGACAGUCAUGCUGGGGCCGAUUACGUGCCGCCUGGUCUUUAUGGGCAUCGAAAACAUUCACGUGAUGCGCAAGAGCUUCCAGAAACUCACCGACUUGUGCUUGGCCCCCGAUCCGUUGAUGGAGCCACCCGGUCGGUGGCAUGAACAGCUGGCCCAAACCAAAUGGAUGGACCACCUGAGCCGAAUCUUACACGCCGCCGUGGAAAUUGUUCGACUGGUCAAAACCGACACCGCGAGCGUGCUUGUGCAUUGCAGCGACGGGUGGGACCGCACGUCACAGGUCACGGCACUCGCAGAGCUCAUGCUGGACCCGUACUACCGCACGAUUCGUGGGUUCGCGUUGCUCGUGGAAAAGGACUGGUGCAGCUUUGGCUACAAGUUUUGCGAACGCACGGGGCACGUCGCGGACCCGAACAGCCAGGAAAUCUCGGUCGUGUUUGUCCAGUGGAUGGACUGCGUGUGGCAAAUGUGCAGGCAAUUUCCGUGCUCGUUUGAGUUCAACACGAGGUUCCUCAUCUUGGUUCUGGACCACUUGUACUCGUGCCGAUUUGGAACGUUUCUCUACGACUCGGAGCAGCGCCGAGUCGUUGAAGAGCGCCAGGCCCCGACCACGUCGCUGUGGACGUAUCUGUCGAGUCUGGAGCGGUCCUUCAUUACGAAUCCAUUCUACGAACCGCGCAAGUAUUCACGGCAAAACUGGCAUGCUCGCGUCGUCGAGCGGCGACAAGCGAACGAGUUCCCCAUGUCGCAAUGGCAGCAGCCCGUCGAGGACCACCACCACGCCCCCGUUGACGGCCAUGGUUUGGUGGGGCUCGAAGAAAAGGAAGACGGAGUUGUCAUCGUCCACACGGACAGCUCGCAACACUUGGAGGCUCUGGCGUCGCCUCAUCAUGCGGACCAUGUCGCUUCCGACGACUUGUUUGGCGCGAAAAGGCCCAAGAACGGCGCUGCGUUCGUCGACGACAUCAAAGCCAGGGGAGGCAAACCCAAGAAAAAGUUUCACUCGAUUGUGCAAGACUUGGAUGCGGGGCUUAUGUUUCCCCACGUGAUCGAGACCGUCGCGACGCCGCUGUCCAGUCCCGCCUACGCCUCGCCCUUGAUGGACUACACUGGCGGCGCCGACGAAGAUGACGACGUCGACCUUGAGCUCCUCCCACGGGAUGACAGCAUGGCAGACGACGAGCCUGGACAUCUAGACGCACGGUCCAGCACGUCCAGUAGCAGCAGCAGCUGUGACGAGAGCGAAGGGAGUCAAGCCAGCAGCAAGGACGUGCCAAGCUUUGGGCCGGACGCAGAUGUGCUGCUCCCGAGCGUGUCGGUGAAAUGUUUGAGGCUCUGGACAGAGUACUACCUCCGGUGGGAAGCCACAGCCACGAUCGAUCGCAACGGCGAUCUUGAGCGCGAAGCCAAGCUCCGCGACGUCCUCGCCGAGUUAGAAUACUACAAGAAGCAGCAACGCAGGCGGGAACCGGGUGGUUCGAGGAGGCGCGGUCGAAGACAACCAAGACGAAGCUCCAAGGACGACGACGACGGCGAGAUGGUCGGGUUGGCCAUGGAGGACCUGUUCGAAGUAGAAUCGAGGCAAGUCGUGGCACAUGUAUUGCCCCCCUUAUCGGCCCCCCCUGCGACGCGUUCGUCGGCGCUGUCGCUGGUCACAUUGCGCGCGCACAACCACCGGUGUGAUAUCGCCCAACGCGACGAGCGCCAUCGACAAGCUAUGGACCGAAUGCAGAUGCCCUACGAAGACUUGAUAUCACAGCAAUUACAGCACUAUUAACACGACAGAGACACGAGCGUGAGAUAA